AUGCCGAUCCAAAAAGCUGGUGAAAAAGUCGCUACAACUGUGAAAAAGGAGGAUCUUCAUCCUGGACAGAAAGUUAGAUAUCAUCCUGUUGGUGGUGGCAUGCAACUUACCGAAGGAAUCGUCAAGAAGAUUGUUACUCAUUCUGAAGUCGCGGGAGAUACCCAGAAAACAGUUAAAGCAAGUGAAGAAGAACCUAGAGUGGUCAUUGAAAAUUUACACACCCGCAAGAACAUUGAAGAAAUUCUUGAACAAGAAGCGACUGAAGGAACAAGAGAAGAAACGGUGGCUUAA